AUGGGCCAGUUCUUCGAAACGAUCCCGCCGUGGCUUAUCCCUUGGAUAGAGAGCCAGAAGAUAUUCUGGGUGGCGACUGCGCCGCUGGAUAAGGAGGGACAUGUGAACGUGAGUCCGAAGGGCUGUUUUGGGCGGACGUUGGGUGUUGUUUUGGAGGGGGAUGACCCGCUGGCUGUGGAAGGGUCCGAUAACGAGGGUGGUGGGGGGAAUAGAGGGCAAGGAGAGGAGGAUUGGAGUAAACUGGAGGGUGUGUCGGGUGGGAAGUUUGUUGGUGAGACGAGUGCGAAGAGGCAUUCGAGGGCUGUGUGGUAUGAGGAUUUGACUGGGAGUGGUGUGGAGACUAUCGCGCAUCUGAGAGAGAAUGGACGGAUAACGCUGAUGUUGACUGCGUUUGAGGGGCCGCCGAGGGUUUGUAGGUUGUUUGGUGUUGGCAAAGUAUUUGAAUUCGGAACACCGGAGUAUGAUCGACUUUUACCGCCUCAGAAGCGCCAGCCGGGGUCGAGAGCUGUGAUUUGGAUUGAUGUGCAUCGGGUGGGGACUAGCUGCGGAUACUCGAUCCCGUUCUUCGAAUUUAAAGCUCCGCGCGUGAGGCUGCACAAGUUUGCGCUGAAGAAGGAGCAGGAGGAUGUUGAUUACGCUCGGGCGUGUACGAACGGCAAUGCUGGGGAGGAUGGGGCUCCUGGUGGUGGACCAGAUACCAUCAAUCCAAAUGCGGAUGCAGGUGCUACGACGACGAAUGGGACCGAGAUAGGGAUGACGGAUAAAGGCCUAUUGGCGUACUGGAAGACGCGGAAUGCGACGAGUCAUGAUGGGUUGCCUGGGUUGGACGUGGCGUUUACCGUCCACCCUGGAAGAAUGGGUGAUUGGCAGAACGAUGGGACGUUGGAGGGGGCGAAGUGGGGUGGGUUGGUGGAUGAUGAGAGUGUUAAGAGGGAUGUAAAAGGUGAUGAUGGGGGUAAGGAGGGAAAUGAUAGAUCAGGAGGGAGUAAUGGAGGUCGAGGAACUUUGCAGGAGGUAUGCCGCCAUGCCGAAGCAACUCCAAAUCGUGGGAAUGAUGCCGAGCAGUUCACACUUCACAGCCCUCGCGCUGCUGGAGGAGAUGGAGGGAAGAUGCCAGGAACCUACGACUUUGAGAACGAAAGCCGCUCGAUGUUCGAGAAUGCUCGGAAUGUCAACAUCCACGGUGGGGUCUUCCACCAAGGAGACGUACAUGUGCAAAUCAACAACUAUACCUCCACAAACUCACCAGAAAGUCGACCGGGCGCUGGCAAGACCGUGCUUGCCCGCUACACUGAACCGCUGGCUGUGACCGACAUCGUGAAAUCGCUGAUCAAGCAAUGCAUCGAACGCAACCACGAUCUUGCGAGGGUCGUCGAACCGGUCUACGAGAAACACCAGCUGGAAGGAACAGAACCCUCGAUCGAUGAACUAGUCGACUUGCUCCAGAUGCUGGAGAGCUAUUUUAAUCGGGUUUACUAUGUCAUUGAUGGUGUAGACGAGGCCCAUCUUGAUGUCCGCUUCGACCUCAUCGAGGUUAUCAACAAGCUGCAAGGAAACAUCAUGCUGACAUCCCGACCCCUCGACGAGCUUGGCGCCGACCUCGAAUGCGCCGUCUUUUGCGAGUUGACUGCACAGGACAGCGACAUCCAGUUGCACAUGGAGGAGAAGCUCCAGCGGUACAAACAGUUGGGUCGGGUAUUGGACCAGAGUGACUGCAGGGAGGAGAUAUUACACGACAUCAUUGAGAAAGCGGAAGGAAUGUUCCUUCACGCAUCCCUUCAACUUGAUGCUAUCCAGCACUGUCAUUCCUAUGAAAGCAUACGACAGAAACUAGCAGCAUUUCCAACGGGGAUAACAGGGAUGUAUGCGGCCAGUUUGCGGCGAAUACAGGACCAAGACCCGGAAUCUCGCGAGCUGGCCACGCGAAUCUUACUCUGGCUAACCUUCGCCCGAGGUCCGCUCAUUAUGCGGGAUUUGAGAUACGCAUUGGCAACGGACCCCGAAACCGGCGAGUUCCAUCCUGAACGGAUGCCACCCGAGGAAUCGAUACUUUCGGUGUGCUGUGGGCUGGUUGAACACCACACAAGCAAUAUUGUUCGCCUAAUUCAUUAUACGGCCCAAGAUGCCCUCAUCCCCCUUCUACUUGAAGACCAUCCCCAACCGCACAUCCCAAUCACUAAAGCCUUGAUUCAACGAGUUCUUUCCAGUGGAAUACUCCAGGCAGGGUUUCAAGAGCUCGGUCAACUUCAUGAUGCAUGGGAAGAUGAGCCGCUCCUUCGAUACGCCCAAGAAGAGCUAGGCGCCCAUAUCGAGGAAUGCUCCGCCGAGAUAACCACUGUCGUCGAUGACUUUCUACUGCGAUGCAGCGGAUUCCCUAUGGAUAUUGGGGGCCUAUUUGAUGUUUGUCAACCCCCUCACGUCGCUGCUCACUACGGCCUUGGGUCUUACUUCAAGUCUCUUGCUGACAAUGGCUGCAAUUUGGAUGCGCAGACACAAUUCCUGGACCACACUGCGCUGCAUCUAGUAGCAGAGAGCGGGAAUGAACAAGCUGUAGAGCAGCUGAUUCAGCUAAACGUUGACCCCAAUGUCGCCGGAAUUGGCGGGUGGACACCGCUCAUGCGUGCAGUAUACGAUGGCCACCGGGCUGUUGUGUUCCAGAUCCUCCAAAUACCCGGACUCGAGGUCGAUGCUGCGGAUAGCCAAGGUCGGACGGCGCUGAUGUGGGCAGCUCGUCAAGGCCAUCACGAUAUCAUCUCUCGAUUCUUCCAAAUCCCCGGAAUCAAUGUUCACACCGCUGAUUACUCAGGAAGCACUGCACUCAUGUUGGCAGCGGAGCAAGGCUCCGUCGAUGUUGCCUCUCAACUCCUUCAGGUUCCCGGAAUCGAGGUCAACGCAGCCAAUGACCAAGGAUGGACAGCGCUAAUGGUGGCAGCGUACCAUGGCCACGCCAACGUCGUCUCCCAACUCGCCCAAAUCCCCGGAACCGAGGUCAAUGCGACGGAUAACGAAGGAUGGACGGCGCUGAUGUUGGCAGUGUUCUAUGGUCAUGGCGAUGUCGUCUCUCGACUCCUCCAAGUCCCCGCCAUCGAGGUCAAUGCAGCGGAUCACACAGGAGGGACAGCGCUGAUGAAGGGAGCGCACAAAGGGCAUGUCGACGCCGUCUUUCAACUCCUAGAAAUGCCUGGAAUCGACUUCAAUGCAUCAGAUAACCAAGGAUGGACCGCGCUGAUGCUGGCGGUGUUCCAUGCGCGUGACGAUAUCGUCUCUCGACUUCUCAAAAUCCCGGACAUUGAGGUCAAUGCAGUGGACCAUGCAGGCGCGACGGCGCUGAUGAAGGGAGCACUGCAAGGACAUGGCGAUGUGGUCUCCCAACUCCUCCUGAUCCCAGGUAUCGAGGUCAAUGCAACAAGCAAACAAGGAUGGACGGCGCUCAUGUCAGCGGCGCACGGUGGUCACGCCGAUGUCGUCUCACAACUCGCCCAAAUUCCUGGAAUUGAGGUCGAUGCAGUGGAUAUCGACGGAUGCACCGCGCUGAUGUUGGCAGCACAACAAGGCCGCGGCGAUGUCGUCUCUCGACUCGCCGAACUGUCGGAUAUCAAUACAGCAAAUAACCAAGGCUGGACGGCCCUUAUGUGGGCAGUGGACCGGGGCCGCGACGAUGUGGUCUCUCGACUGCUUCAAAUCCCUGGCAUCGCGGCCAAUGCAUCAAAUAAACAAGGAUGGACAGCGCUGAUGUUGGCAGCAUACCGAGGACACAACGAUGUUGUGUCGCGACUCGCCCAAAUGCCUGGGGUGGAGAUCAAUGCAGCAAAUAACGAAGGAUGGACGGCGCUGAUGGUGGCAGCGCGGGUAGGUCACAACGAUGCGGUCUCGCGGCUACUUCAGAUCCCCGGAAUCGAUGUCAAUGCGACGGAAAGCAAAGGAGGUUCGGCACUGUCGAUAGCGGCGCUCGAAGGCCAUUCCAACGUGGUCGCUCAACUCCUCCAAUUCCCUGGAAUCGAAGUCAAUGCAACGGAUAACAACGGCUGGACAGCGCUGCUGUUAGCAGCACACCCAGGCCAUGACGAUGUAGUCUUCCGACUCCUCCAAAUCCCUGGAAUUGCGGUCAAUGCAAGGGAUAGCAACGGUUGGACAGCACUCAUGUGGUCAGCAUAUAUGGGCCACGUCGAUGUCCUCUCUCGACUGCUAUUACACCCUGACAUCGAUCCCGACGCCCGAAAUCAUCACCACUGGACGCCGCUCACCUUAGCGUCUCAGCGUGGUCACCACGAUAUUGUUCGUCUAUUACUCGAGUGCGAUGGCGUCGACGUCAACGCAGCUGACAGUAUCGGCAACACCUCUUUGAUCAUGGCUUCAUGGUCUGGUCACCGACUCGUUGUGGAGCUACUUAUCCAGUCUCCGGGAAUCGACCUCAAUCUCAAGAACAAAAGACGACUGUCGGCUCUCAAGGCGGCGCAGCAAAUGGGGCAUGAAGAGAUCGUGGCGAAGCUCAUCGAGUUCCAGCAAAAGUAG